GCUGGGGAAAGGCAUGCGACUUUUUGCUUACGUUAUUAGACACCGACAAGCUGCGACAGUGUAACCGGGCACCGAGAAAGGGCGUUUUGUCCAGCAGAUGCUGCUGGCCUGCUGGGAACCACUGGCUGUGAUUACUGCACUGGAUAGCUAUUGUCUGUAACUGGGAAGAAUCUCCAUUAACCGGCAUUAACAAUAUUGGUCUGGAACCAUUUCACAGCAGUCAAAAUAUAAAGUUGACUAGUCACAAUGAAUGUGACAAGCCUUUUCUCCUUCACAAGCCCAGCUGUGAAGAGGCUGCUUGGUUGGAAACAGGGAGACGAAGAAGAGAAAUGGGCAGAGAAAGCGGUGGAUGCCUUGGUGAAAAAGCUGAAGAAGAAAAAAGGAGCCAUGGAAGAACUUGAAAAGGCCCUGAGUUGUCCUGGACAGCCCAGUAACUGUGUCACCAUUCCUCGUUCCUUGGAUGGCCGACUGCAAGUGUCUCACCGUAAGGGCCUACCGCAUGUCAUUUAUUGCAGAGUGUGGCGUUGGCCUGAUCUACAGAGUCACCAUGAACUGAAACCCUUGGAGUGUUGCGAGUAUCCCUUUGGUUCCAAACAGAAGGAGGUCUGCAUCAACCCAUAUCAUUAUAAACGAGUGGAGAGUCCUGUCUUGCCGCCUGUCCUUGUUCCACGGCACAGUGAGUACAACCCUCAACACAGUCUCCUUGCGCAAUUCCGAAACUUGGAGCCAAGUGAGCCACACAUGCCUCACAACGCAACUUUUCCCGACUCUUUCCAGCAGCCAAACAGCCAUCCGUUCCCUCACUCGCCCAACAGCAGCUACCCAAACUCUCCGGGAAGCAGCAGUACUUACCCUCACUCACCGGCGAGCUCUGAUCCUGGAAGCCCUUUUCAAAUACCAGCUGACACCCCUCCUCCAGCUUAUAUGCCUCCUGAGGAUCAGAUGACGCAAGACAACUCUCAGCCGAUGGACACAAAUAUGAUGGUGCCUAACAUCUCUCAAGAUAUCAAUAGAGCAGAUGUACAAGCUGUUGCCUAUGAAGAGCCAAAACACUGGUGCUCCAUUGUCUAUUAUGAGCUGAACAACCGUGUAGGAGAAGCUUUCCAUGCCUCCUCCACAAGUGUAUUGGUGGACGGCUUCACUGAUCCUUCAAACAACAGGAACAGAUUUUGCCUUGGGCUUCUGUCCAAUGUCAACCGGAACUCGACCAUUGAGAACACCAGGCGGCAUAUUGGGAAAGGUGUGCAUUUAUACUACGUCGGGGGUGAGGUCUAUGCUGAAUGCUUAAGCGACAGCAGCAUUUUUGUUCAGAGUCGGAAUUGUAACUUCCACCAUGGUUUUCAUCCUACAACUGUGUGUAAAAUCCCCAGCGGGUGCAGUCUGAAGAUCUUUAACAACCAGGAAUUUGCUCAGCUUUUGGCCCAGUCUGUAAACCAUGGCUUUGAAACGGUCUAUGAACUGACAAAGAUGUGCACUAUUCGAAUGAGUUUUGUCAAGGGCUGGGGUGCGGAAUAUCAUCGGCAGGAUGUGACAAGCACCCCCUGCUGGAUUGAGAUUCACCUUCAUGGGCCACUUCAAUGGCUGGAUAAAGUACUUACUCAGAUGGGCUCACCCCAUAAUCCCAUCUCCUCUGUCUCUUAAUGGAACGUUCCUGCCUCUGGAUUCAUUGGAGCCAUGCAUGUACUUGAAGGAUGUAGGAGUCAGACUUAAUGGCAAAUGGGACAUUGGUAGUUUUCGUGGGGGUUUUUUUUUAUUUUUUUUUUUAGUCUUGGGGGGCUGUCGGCACCUCAACUACUUGAUGUUUGUGACCAACUCUUAACAAAAAAGAGGAGAUCUAUAGAUCAAUGCCCUGCUGCUCUGCCGUUGCCUAAUUAAAUAUGGCUCCGUAAGCAGCAGCAGAUAUUAACUUUUGAAUUUUCUAAUCCAGUUUAGCAUUGUGAUAUAAGGCAAUGCUGUGUAAAAUAGUGAGUAGAGCAAACUUUCCUGCAAGCUGUGCAUAUUAGACAUAUGGUGAGAUGUAGUGAGAGACUCAGAGGUGAAACUAAGGCUUCAUAAUAAACAGCAAGUUUUUUUACGCAGAGUGGGGAAAGCUGGAAAUUAGACAGAUGUCCUUUGUGAAUACAUCUCUUUUCUGGAUGAUUCAGCUUCAUGAAAACAAGUGAGUUAGUUGGUUGUACAUGGGAGACUAACUUGUCCUUUCUUAACGUGUAUUGGCCUUCCAGCCCUCAGGUUAUUAGGGAUUGCUCCAUGUUUAUAUGGUGUGUUUUUUUUGUUCUUGUUUUUCCUUCCUCUCUGAAUGGAAUGUUCCCUGCUCAAGGGCAUCCAACUCGUGUCCCUUCACCCUCUGGCUGCCAGGGGAGUCCGGUUAUAGUUCAACUGCUGGAGGGCCCCCGUUUGGUCUGAAAUAGAUUUUUGGAACAUGAGACCUUGGCAGUGGCUGUUAUAUGUAAGCACAGGUUAAUGGGAUAUUUGUGUGGUUAGCUGUGCAUUUCCUUCAUUUUCCUUCCCCCCCAACACACAGACUAUUUUCUCUUUCCUUUUUAAAUAACGUUCAUUCAGUCCGUUCCUUGCAGUAGGUAUGCUGUAUGAAUAAAGCAAAAGGGCAAAGACUUUUUACUGCCUUGGCUUCCUGCGUAUUUUUCAUAUCUUAUAGUAUAUAAUAAAUGCUUCCUUGUUAACCCCUGAUGUGCUGGAGGGGCUUGCAGUGUUGAGUGUCGACCCCCUGCUUUGUAAAAAUACUGCAGUUUAAUUGUAACGGCUAAAGGCUUCCAGUCGUCCUCCUUCUUCUCCAGCUCUGAUGAGCCUGAACAAAACCUCUGCUGAAGCUUUCCAAUUUUAUUUAAUUAGUCUUCAAAAUGCCAGGUUCAUUAAACGCAACCUUUUUUUAAUAUUGUUA